AACCCAUUCAUGACUGUGUAGCUUAAAGGAGGGUUCCCGAUAGGUUUUUCGGGAUCCGGGAUUGAGAGUAUUACAAGGCCGGGAUCCGGGAAUAUAAAGUAAGAGGGGAGCGAGAGAAAAUUUUUAGUCGGGAUCGCAGGACUGAAGAACUCUUGCAGUGCAGUGUACGUAUCAUGAUUGGAUCAUUAACUCUACUCAGCACUCUUGUAGCUUUGCUUGGUCAAGGCCAAGCCUAUCAAAUGAGAUGGUGCACAGUUUCUGAUAAAGAACAGCAAAAAUGCAGCGAGUUUCAGACUGUUCUGGAAAAACUGGGGAAAGAUUCCAAUGUUAACGCGAGUUGUGUUCAGGAUAAUAGUACAAUUAAUUGUAUGAAAAAAAUCAAAAACGGAGAGGCUGAUCUGAUUACGUUGGACGGAGGAGAAAUAUCUCGUGCAGGUAAAGAUUACAUGAUGACUCCUGUGGUUGCUGAAACUUAUGAUGAGGUUGGUGUUCCCUAUUACUAUGCAGUAGCGGUCGUAAAAAACAAAAGUACGAUCAAAACCCUAGAAGACCUGGAGGGAAAGAAAUCUUGUCACACGGGAGCGGGAAAACCAUCUAGUUGGGUUGUACCCGUUGGUACACUGUUGGCCAAGAAAUUCAUGACUCAAGAC